GCCGCCGCCGCCGCCGCCGCCACCGCCGCCGGGGAGCGCGGAGCCGCGGAGCCGCGGGCAGGCCGGGCCGCAGCGAGCCCCGCGUCCGCCCGCGCCCCGCCCGAGUCGUGCGCUCGCGCCCUGCGCCCCGCCAUGCGCGCCAAGUUGCAGGCUGGGGACUCGGGGCCGGCGCCCUAGGGGGCGGCGGCGGGAGGAUCGCGCCCCGGCCAGAGACCCGGCCUGCUGCGCGCUCCCAGCACGCGCGGCACCGCCACUUGCCUGAGCGCCCCGGCGGACCGAGCGCGCUCCGAGCCCGGGCGCUGCCGCCGCGAGGUCUCCUGGAGUCUUUGAGGACACGAUGCGGCUGGCAGCAGUUUCUGGAACCUUGUGACGGGACGGUCCACCAGCGGACGAUGACAGCUGGCUUUUAAUCCUUGGUGGCGAUCAAGAGGGUGCCUGCCGGGGUCCACAAGCCCCCUGGACGCCUGCUGCCAUGUCGGGGUCCACACAGCCCGUGACGCAGACGUGGCGGACUGCCGAGCCCCGCUACCCGCCCCAUGGCCUUUCGUACCCAGUGCAGAUCGCUCGGCCCCACACGGACGUCGGGCUGCUCGAGUACCAGCACCAUGCCCGGGACUACGCCCCCCACCUGUCGCCGGGCUCCAUCCUCCAGCCCCGGAGGAGGCCCUCCCUGCUGUCCGAGUUUCAGCCCGGGAACGAGAGGUCCCAGGAGCUGCCCCUGCGACCCGAGUCCCACUCGUACCUGCCGGAGCUGGGCAAGUCGGAGAUGGAGUUCAUCGAGAGCAAGCGCCCUCGCCUGGAGCUGCUGUCAGACCCCCUGCUGCGGCCCUCACCCCUGCUGGCCGCGGGCCAGGCUGGCGCCUCUGAGGACCUGGCCAAGGAGCGCAGCCUGGCGGGCAAGCUGGAGCCGGUAUCUCCACCCAGCCCCCCGCACGCCGACCCUGAGCUGGAGCUGGUACCUCCGCGGCUCUCCAAGGAGGAGCUGAUCCAGAACAUGGACCGCGUCGACCGCGAGAUCACCAUGGUGGAGCAGCAGAUCUCCAAGCUGAAGAAGAAGCAGCAACAGCUGGAGGAGGAGGCCGCCAAGCCGCCCGAGCCCGAGAAGCCCGUGUCACCGCCGCCCAUCGAGUCCAAGCAUCGCAGCCUCGUGCAGAUCAUCUAUGACGAGAACCGGAAGAAGGCAGAAGCUGCACAUCGGAUCCUGGAAGGCCUGGGGCCCCAGGUGGAGCUGCCGUUGUACAACCAGCCAUCUGACACCCGGCAGUAUCAUGAGAACAUCAAAAUAAACCAGGCGAUGCGGAAGAAGCUAAUUUUGUACUUCAAGAGGAGGAAUCACGCCCGGAAACAAUGGGAGCAGAAGUUCUGCCAGCGCUAUGACCAGCUCAUGGAGGCCUGGGAGAAGAAGGUGGAGCGCAUCGAGAACAACCCGCGGCGGCGGGCCAAGGAGAGCAAGGUGCGCGAGUACUACGAGAAGCAGUUUCCCGAGAUCCGCAAGCAGCGCGAGCUGCAGGAACGCAUGCAGAGCAGGGUGGGCCAGCGGGGCAGCGGGCUCUCCAUGUCGGCUGCCCGCAGCGAGCACGAGGUGUCCGAGAUCAUCGACGGCCUUUCAGAGCAGGAGAACCUGGAGAAGCAGAUGCGCCAGCUGGCCGUGAUCCCGCCGAUGCUGUACGACGCCGACCAGCAGCGCAUCAAGUUCAUCAACAUGAACGGGCUCAUGGACGACCCCAUGAAGGUGUACAAGGACCGCCAGGUCAUGAACAUGUGGAGCGAGCAGGAGAAGGAGACCUUCCGGGAGAAGUUCAUGCAGCAUCCAAAAAAUUUUGGCUUGAUCGCAUCGUUCCUGGAGAGGAAGACGGUGGCUGAGUGUGUCCUCUAUUACUACCUGACCAAGAAGAAUGAGAACUACAAGAGCCUGGUGAGAAGGAGCUACCGACGCCGUGGCAAGAGCCAGCAGCAGCAGCAGCAGCAGCAGCAGCAGCAGAUGCCCCGGAGCAGCCAGGAGGAGAAAGAGGAGAAGGAGAAGGAGGCGGAGAAGGAGGAAGAUAAAGCAGAGGUGGAGAACGACAAGGAGGAGCUCAUCAAGGAGAAGACGGACGACACCUCGGGGGAGGACAAUGAUGAGAAAGAGGCAGUGGCCUCCAAAGGCCGCAAAACCGCCAACAGCCAGGGAAGACGCAAAGGCCGCAUCACCCGCUCGAUGGCCAACGAGGCCAACAGUGAGGAGGCCGUCACCCCUCAGCAGAGCGCUGAGCUGGCUUCGAUGGAGAUGAAUGAGAGUUCACGCUGGACCGAGGAAGAGAUGGAAACCGCCAAGAAAGGUCUCCUGGAACACGGCCGGAACUGGUCAGCCAUUGCCCGCAUGGUGGGCUCCAAGACCGUGUCGCAGUGCAAGAACUUCUACUUCAACUACAAGAAGAGGCAGAACCUCGAUGAGAUCCUGCAGCAGCACAAGCUGAAGAUGGAGAAGGAGAGGAGCGCACGGAGGAAGAAGAAGAAAGCGCCGGCUGCAGCCAGUGAGGAGGCCGCCUUCCCGCCUGUGGUGGAGGACGAGGAGAUGGAGGUGUCGGGCGUGAGUGGGAACGAGGAGGAGAUGGUGGAGGAGGCCGAAGCCGUACGUGCCUCUGGGAAUGAGGUGCUCAGAGGGGAGUGCGGUGCCCCAGCCGCUGUCAACAACAGCUCCGACACGGAGAGCAUCCCCUCCCCCCGCACCGAGGCCGCCAAGGACCCCGGGCCGAAUGGGACCAAGCCCCCACCCACGCUGGGCGCCGAUGGGCCGCCCCCUGAGCCGCCCAGCCCACCGCCAGAGGACACCCCGGCCCCCACUGAGCCCACCCCAGCCCCCGAUGCUGCCGGCCCGCCCACGCCCCCACCAGCGUCCCCAUCACCCGCUGCCCCCGCUCCCGUGGCCCCCAAGGAGGAGAAGGAGGAUGAGGCUGCAGGGGCCCCCCCAGCCGAGGAGGGGGAGGAGCAGAAGCCCCCCAUGGCGGAAGAGCUGGCAGCGGACGUGGGGAAGACGGAAGACCCCGGAGAGGCACCCAGGGAAGAGCCUGUUGUGAAGAGCGAGUGCGAGGAGGUGGCGCUGGACGAGGCCGGGGGCACAGAGGCUGGUGUGGAGGCCGCGCCCGAGGGGCCUGUCAAGGUGGAGAAGAAGGAGGGCGCUGGCAUGGGCAGCAAACCCGCCACGGCCAAGGGCUCGGGCGCCCCCCAGGACAGCGACUCCAGUGCUACCUGCAGUGCAGACGAGGUGGACGAGCCCGACGGGACCGAGAAGAACAGGCUGCCGUCCCCACGGCCCAGCCUCCUCGCCCCGACGGGCGACGCCAGGGCCGGCGCCUUGCCCCAGAAGCCUUUGGACCUGAAGCAGCUGAAACAGCGAGCGGCUGCCAUCCCCCCCAUCGUCACCAAAGUCCAUGAGCCUCCCCGGGAGGACACAGCGCCCCCAAAGCCAGCUCCCCCUGCCCCGCUACCGCUGCAGCACUUGCAGCCGCCAGAGAGCGACACCCCCCAGCAGCCCAGCAGCAGCCCUCAGAGCAAAAGCCGGAGCCCCGGGCUUCCCACUGAGAAGGAGGCAGAGAAGCCCAUAUUCCUCCCAGCGUUCACGGCUGAGGGCCAGAAGCUGCCCGCGGAGCCCCCAUGCUGGACGGCAGGCCUGCCCUUCCCCACACCCCCCCGCGAGGUGAUCAAAGCCUCCCCUCAUGCCCCAGACCCCUCGGCCUUCUCCUACGCCCCACCUGGUCAGCCGCUGCCCCUGGGCCUCCAUGACAGUGCCCGGCCCGGCCCGCCGCGCCCACCCACCAUCUCCAACCCGCCACCCCUCAUCUCUUCCACCAAGCACCCCAGCAUCCUCGAGAGGCCCCUGGGUGCCAUCUCCCAGGGAGUGUCGAUGCAGCUCCACAUCCCCUACUCAGAGCACGCCAAGGCCCCUGUGGGCCCCAUCACCCUGGGGCUGCCCCUCAGCAUGGACCCCAAGAAGUUGGCACCCUUCAGUGGAGUGAAGCAGGAGCAGCUGUCCCCGCGGGGCCAGGCAGGGCCCCCAGAGAGCCUGGGGGUGCCCAGCGUCCAGGAGACAUCGGUGCUGAGAGGGACGUCUCUGGGCUCAGUUCCGGGAGGAAGCAUCACCAAAGGCAUCCCCAGCACGCGGGUGCCCGCAGAGAGCCCUGUCACCUACCGCGGCUCCAUCACCCACGGCACCCCCGCUGACGUCCUCUACAAGGGCACCAUCACCAGGAUCGUCGGCGAGGACAGCCCCAGUCGCCUCGACCGUGGCCGGGAAGACGGGCUGCCCAAGGGCCACGUCAUCUACGAGGGCAAGAAGGGCCACGUCCUCUCCUAUGAGGGCGGCAUGUCUGUAUCGCAGGGCUCCAAGGAGGACGGCAGGAGCAGUGCAGGCCCCGUGCACGAGACGGCCGCCCCCAAGCGCACCUACGACAUGAUGGAGGGCCGUGUCAGCCGGGCCGUCGCCUCGGCCGGCAUUGAAGGUCUCAUGGGCCGCGCCAUCCCCCCCGAGCGGCACAGCCCCCACCACCUCAAAGAGCAGCACCACCUCCGUGGCUCCAUCACCCAAGGGAUCCCACGGUCCUACGUGGAGGCCCAGGAAGAUUACCUGCGCCGCGAAGCCAAGCUCCUGAAGCGGGAGGGCACGCCGCCACCGCCCUCCCGGGACCUGGCCGAGGCCUACAAGAGCCGGCCCCUGGAGGCCCUGGGGCCCCUGAAGCUGAAGCCCUCCCAUGAGGGCCUGGUGGCCACCGUGAAGGAGGCCGGCCGCUCCAUCCACGAGAUCCCACGCGAGGAGCUGCGCUGCACCCCUGAGCUGCCCCUGGCCCCGCGGCCACUCAAGGAGGGCUCUAUCACACAGGGCACCCCGCUCAAGUACGACACCAGUGCGAGCUCCACCGGCUCCAAAAAGCAUGACGUGCGCUCCAUCAUCGGCAGCCCGGGCCGCACCUUCCCGCCUGUGCACCCACUGGACGUGAUGGCGGACACCCGGGCACUGGAGCGGGCCUGCUACGAAGAGAGCCUGAAGGGCCGGCCGGGGGCGGUCAGCAGCUCGGGGGGCUCCAUCACGCGGGGGGCACCAGUCAUCGUGCCUGAGCUGGGCAAGCCGCGGCAGAGCCCCCUGGCCUACGAGGACCACGGGGCGCCCUUCGUCGGCCACCUGCCACGCGGCUCGCCUGUGAGCACACGGGAGUCCACCCCACGCCUGCAGGAGGGCAGCCUCUCGUCCAGCAAGGCGCCCCAGGACCGGAAGCUGACAUCCACACCCCGCGAGAUCGCCAAGUCCCCACACAGCACCGUGCCCGAGCACCACCCCCACCCCGUCUCGCCUUACGAGCACCUGCUGCGGGGCGUGAGCGGUGUGGACCUGUACCGCGGCCACAUCCCACUGGCCUUCGAUCCCACCUCCCUUCCCCGCGGGAUCCCACUGGAUGCUGCCGCUGCCUAUUACUUGCCCCGGCACCUGGCCCCUAACCCCACCUACCCGCACUUAUACCCGCCUUACCUCAUCCGCGGCUACCCCGACACGGCGGCCCUGGAGAACCGCCAGACCAUCAUCAACGACUACAUCACCUCGCAGCAGAUGCACCACAAUGCUGCCACCGCCAUGGCCCAGCGGGCCGACAUGCUCCGGGGCCUCUCGCCCCGCGAGUCCUCGUUGGCGCUCAACUACGCCGCCGGCCCGCGAGGCAUCAUCGACCUGUCCCAGGUGCCACACCUGCCUGUGCUGGUGCCCCCAACCGCUGGCACACCAGCCACCGCCAUGGACCGCCUCGCCUACCUCCCCACUGCGCCCCAGCCCUUCAGCAGCCGGCACAGCAGCUCCCCGCUCUCCCCAGGAGGCCCCACUCACCUGCCGAAACCCGCCACAGCGUCCUCGUCGGAGCGGGAGAAGUCGCUCCUCACCUCCACCGCCACGGUGGAGCACGCGCCCAUCUGGAGACCCGGUACGGAGCAGAGCAGCGGCAGUGGCGGGGGUGGGGGCGGCAGCCGCCCCGCCUCCCACUCCCACAGCCGCCAGCACUCGCCCAUCUCGCCGCGGACACAGGACGCCGUCCAGCAGAGGCCCAGCGUGCUGCACAACACGGGGACGAAGGGCAUCGUCACGCCCGUGGAGCCCGGCACGCCCACCGUCCUGAGGUCCACCUCCACUGCCUCGCCCGUGCGCCCGGCCGCCGCCUUCCCGCCCGCCACGCACUGCCCGCUCGGCAGCAGCCUGGAUGGGCUCUACCCUGCCCUCCUGGAGCCCGUCCUGCUGCCCAAGGAGGCCCCGCGGGCGGCCCGGCCCGACAGGCCCCGCGCUGACGCCGGCCACGCCUUCCUCGCCAAGCCCCCCGCCGCGCCGGGGCUCGAGCCAACCACCUCCCCCAGCAAGGGCACCGAGCCCCGGCCCCUGCCGCCCCCCAGCUCCGGCCACGCGGCCAUCGCCCGCGCCCCGGCGAAGAGCCUCGCAGCCCACCACGCCCUGGAGCAGCCGCGCCCCCCCGCCGCGGCCGCAGACCUGCACCGGGAAAAGACUCAAAGUAAACCCUUUUCCAUCCAGGAACUGGAACUCCGUUCUCUGGGCUACCACGGCAGCAGCUACAGCCCUGACGGGGUGGAGCCCAUCAGCCCCGUCAGCUCGCCCAGCCUGGCCCAUGACAAGGGGCUCCCCAAGCACCUCGAGGAGCUCGACAAGAGCCAUCUGGAGGGGGAUCUGCGCCACAAGCAGCCAGGCCCCAUGAAGCUUGGCAGCGAGGCGGCCCACCUCCCGCACCUGCGGCCGCUGCCCGAGAGCCAGCCCUCAUCCAGCCCGCUGCUGCAGCCCACCCCGGGGGUCAAAGGGCACCAGCGGGUGGUCACCCUGGCGCAGCACAUCAGUGAGGUGAUCACGCAGGACUACACGCGGCACCACCCGCAGCAGCUCGGCACGCCCCUCCCUGCCCCGCUCUACUCCUUCCCGGGAGCCAGCUGCCCGGUCCUCGACCUCCGCCGGGUGCCCAGCGACCUCUACCUCCCGCCCCCUGUCCACGGCACCCCGGCCCGCGGCUCCCCACACAGCGAGGGCGGCAAGAGGUCUCCAGAGCCAAGCAAGACCUCGGUCCUGGGAGGCAGUGAGGAUGGCAUCGAGCCCGUGUCCCCACCCGAGGGCCUGUCAGAGCCGGGGCACCCGCGGGGCACCAUGCACCCCCUGCUGUACCGGGGCGUGGAGCAGGUGGAGCCCGGCAGAAUGGGCUCCAAAUCUCCAGGCAACAGCAGCCAGCCGCCGGCCUUCUUCAGCAAGCUGACAGAGAGCACCUCUGCCAUGGUCAAGUCCAAGAAGCAGGAGAUCAACAAGAAGCUCAACACUCACAACCGGAACGAGCCGGAAUACACCGUCGGCCAGCCCGGGACCGAGAUCUUCAACAUGCCCGCCGCCACCGGAGCGGGAGAGCCAGCAGGUAAGCCAACAGGCCUUAUGACCUGUAGAAGCCAGGCGGUGCAGGAGCACGCCAGCACCAACAUGGGGCUGGAGGCAAUUAUUAGAAAGGCACUUAUGGGUAAAUAUGAUCAGUGGGACGAACACUCACCGCUCAGUGCCAAUGCUUUUAACCCUCUGAAUGCCAGUGCCAGCCUGCCCGCUGCUCUGCCCAUGCCCGCUGCUGACGGACGGAAUGACCACCCACUCACCUCGCCAGGUAGCGGUGGGAAGGCCAAGGUCUCUGGCAGACCCGGCAGCCGAAAAGCCAAGUCCCCAGCCCCGGGCCUGGUGUCCGGGGACCGGCCACCCUCCGUCUCCUCGGUGCACUCGGAAGGAGACUGCAACCGCCGGACCCCGCUCACCAACCGCGUGUGGGAGGACCGGCCCUCGUCCGCAGGUUCUACGCCGUUCCCCUACAACCCCCUGAUCAUGCGGCUGCAGGCGGGCGUCAUGGCCUCACCGCCCCCGCCGGGGCUCCCCGCGGGCAGCGGGCCCCUCGCCGGCCCCCACCACGCCUGGGACGAGGAGCCCAAGCCCCUGCUCUGCUCCCAGUACGAGACGCUCUCCGACAGCGAGUGAUGGCGGAAGGGGCUGGGGGCAGCACCAGGGCCCCGCGGUCGGCAGGAGCAGCCAGGCGGGGGGGCAGGCGACUGCCGGCUCCCCCAUCGAGGAAGGAGGCCCCGAGUCUGCCUGUGCAUCCGUCCGUCUGUCCAUCCAGAGCUGGCAUCCUUGCCUGUCUAAAGCCUUAACUAGGACUCCCACCCCGGGCUGGCCCUGUGCAGACCUUACUCAGGGGAUGUUUACCUGGUGCUCGGGAGGGGAGGGGGCCGGGGAGGGGGCACGGCGGGCGUGUGGCGGCCACACGCCCGUGGCCGGGGCGGCCAGGGACCCACAGCAGGACGAGCACGCACCUCCCAUGCCACCGCCCCCCCUUCACGCAUUUGGAACCAAAGUCUAAACCGAGCUAGCAGCCCCCGCGCCCUCCCUCUGCCUCCCACCCCGCUUAGCGCUCUGGACAGACGGACGCAGGCCCGGCCCAUGCCCAGUGCCCCCAUGGCGCUCGUCUCCGGGCAGCCCGGCCGGCGAGGCUGCUGGGAACCGUGGUGGGCGGGCGGAAGGGCCGGGCCAGGCCCGGGCGAGCGGACGCUCCGAGGAACUGGACUGUUGUUUUCACGCGCCGUGGCCGCAGCGGUGGGAAGGAAAGGCGGGUGUAAGUGAUGUAUUGGUUUACAGGGUAUAUUUUUGAUACCUUCAAUGAAUUCAGAUGUUCUACGCGAGGAAGGACUGGCCCAGUGUCAGUGCUGCUGUGCUCUGGUCUCCACUCACCGUCCAGGGGUGCCGGCUGGCGUGGGCGUCCCCGUCCGCAGGACCGCGGGGUGGGGGGCACGGGCCCAGCAGCCCCCCGGCCCCCCCCCUUUCUCGGGCAGAAUGAAUUUGACGCGUGUCCUGUGGCCACCAUGUGUGCGGGGCGGUGGCGUUCUGUCAUUUACACACGUUGUUCUAAUUAAAAAGCAAAUUAUACUCAA